UAUUGUUUCUACUUAAAUAAGUAUAAAUUGAAUGAAAUAAAAACCGAGGAUUGUUCACGGAACUAUUCUUGUCCUCCUGCGAAUGCAAGAAGACAAGGAAUAACAUUAAAGUAUAGAAGACCGACACAACACAAAUAUUAUUAAACCGAGAAUAACAAACACCCAACAUGGUGGGUACGAGACGAGCUCGUAAUAAUGCCAAUUCAGUGAUAAUACCUCGUCAGAACUCAGUGUCUGACAAUGGACGGACUCGUCAGAACCUUAGUCCUGAGGCAUUAGCAGCUAUGAAUAAGGAACAGCUCCGCGCCGAAUGCAGGAAAAGGGGUCAACGGGCUACGGGCAACAAAAACGAGCUGCUCGCCCGUCUCGGGUACUACAAACUGGCGGCGGCCGUGCAGGCGGAUACCGAGCAGCGCCCGCGCAACGGACUACACCAUCCACAUCCCAAGGAGAUCAGUAGAAACAAAACUACGACCAUGGACAGUGAAAGCCUGGUGCUAUGGAGGCGGCCCCUCACCACUUUAGAAUACUUCUUCAGGGAACUCAUUAUAUUGAUCUCCACUGGAUUGCAAAGAUUAUUAGCCUACAAACUGUUGGCUCUAGCGAUAUUUAUAGGAAUAUUAGGCACAAUUACUACAUAUUAUAUUAGCGGGCCACACCAACCCUUCGUGCAGAGCGUGGUGUGGACGCUGUGCUGGUGGGGCUGGUGGGUGUCGCUGGGCGUGUGCAGCUCGGUGGGGCUGGGCACGGGGCUGCACACGUUCCUGCUGUACCUGGGCCCGCACAUCGCGCGCGUCACGCUCGCCGCCUACGAGUGCGGCGCGCUCAACUUCCCCGAACCGCCCUAUCCUAACGACAUAAUAUGUCCAGCAGAGAUCGACCCUAACAACACGGUGUCGAUCUGGAACAUAAUGUCCAAGGUCCGCAUCGAAUCCAUGAUGUGGGGCAUCGGGACGGCCCUGGGCGAGUUGCCGCCGUACUUCAUGGCGAGGGCGGCGAGGCUGUCCGGCGGGGGGGUCGCCGAGCUCGCGGCUAACGAUGAUUCUAGGACUGGCAGAGCAAAAAUAAUGGUACAAAAGCUAGUCCAGAAAGUGGGUUUCGCCGGAAUCCUGGCGUGUGCGUCGGUACCCAACCCGCUGUUCGACCUCGCCGGACUCACCUGCGGACACUUUUUAGUGCCAUUCUGGACGUUCUUUGGUGCCACCGUGCUAGGGAAGGCCGUCAUCAAGAUGCACAUACAGAAGAUGUUCGUCAUUAUAGCGUUUAAUGAGACUUUGGUUGGCCAAGUACUUGCCUGGGUAGAAAGGAUACCGUACAUCGGUCCUAAGCUCGGGGCUCCCUUACUGGAGUUCCUCCGCAACCAGAAGGCCAGACUCCACAAGAACGACUCCGCGGGUCCCGCAGACAACCAGGGUUCCGUACUGUCGAGUCUUCUCGAGAAGUUUGUGCUCGCCAUGGUCGUGUACUUCGUGGUGUCCAUAGUGAAUGCGUUAGCGCAGAACUACAGCAAGCGGCUCGGGAAGAAGAAGGGCAAGAAACGGGAAUAGGGACCGCUCAGGUCGCCGGCCGACGCGAUCAGCGCUAUUGCGCGACGCCGGCCAACGGGGCGCGCGCGGCCUCGUCGGUAGUAAUACACGACACGCAACAUGUUACAAGACAUGCAACACUCUGUAUAGCAUGUCACACAACCUGUUGCCCCACACGUUACAGCCUGUGUUACACCGUGUGGCCUCUACACUCACCUGUCUACCGUUCAAACACCGCAACACGUUACGAGACAAUCGUGUGUCAAACAUUAAUAGUCUUUCUGGUACUUGGCAAUGUAUAUGGAACUACCCACAUUUUAAAUUUAGUAAUAAAUAAAUAAAAAAAAUCUAUAAUGUUGGGUAGUUGUCUUAUACAUUUUAAAUGUUAAUUCUCUUGGUAUUAAAUAAUUCAUAAUUACGUUUCUUGCUUCAAAUCAUCAUAUUUAUUGUGUUGGCGAAGUUUAUCAGAACUUUAUUUAUUUAAAAGACAUUUCCAGACGUGAUUCUUUUUGUUUAAUAUCAAGAAGAUCUUAACUUAAAUACCUUUAAAUACUAUUAUAAUGGACUUAUUGAUUUUGUGAGCUGAGCUUGUACUGUGAUCUGUUAGUGAAAGAUUCUUGUAAGAGUAAGCGAGACACCACUAUGUAUUGUAGCGUGCUAUCUCGCUUCAGCAACUGCAAUAGUUCUGAAUUUACAUUUCAUGGUACAAGUUUCAGGAAAAAUAUAGUCUAACAAAUAUUCUCAAUAAAAAGUUAUAGUGCAGUCAAGACAGUUAAAAAUAUAUUAUUAAUAUAAAAAGUUAAUAUAAUCUGUGUGGUUUAUUGUAAAGUUUUAUCCUUUACCAAAGAAAGACAUUGGAUUGAAUAUACAUUAUGUAUAGUUAACUAUAUUAUAUAUGCGGUGCGUUAAUAUUAAAUUACGCUGGAUAUUGAAACGUUACUCAGAUUUAAGGGGCUCUUAAAUGUCAUGCUGCCUUUCAUAACGACGCUUAGUAGAUGCAUAGUGACAUGUCGCCCUUGUGUCAAGCUAUCUUGGACAAUGUCAAGCGGUAUGUUGAAACUUUUCCUUUUUUCCUAUAUCUUGUGCCACCAGCACACCCUUUAAAUAAUUCUCAGGUGUUCUCCUUCACAAUAUUCUCCUUCAACGGAACAUAUAUCAAUACUAAAAUUGUAAUACCCACAUUCGAAAAGACAGUGAGUACUGGGAUUUGAAUCUACAACCUUUCACUUGGCAGUCCCAUGAUUAUACCAUUAGGGUAUCACAAUAUCUACAAAAAUUGAUAUUUUAAAACGUCACUUAUCUAAUCAUGGUUCUUAUAUAGGGCUGUAAGUUAAGAGCUGCUUAAAGUUGACACGCGUUUCAAUAUUCAGUUAGAAUUGUGUGAAAAUUUUAACUUGGUGUUCACAUUUAGAUAAAGGGCUGAUUGAUUAUAGAUUUUUUGAUAGUAAGCAGUUUAAUAUAAUAUAGUAUUUUGGUGUAUUGCAAAUGAGUCGUUUAGAUCGUUGAGUGAGAUAUACAGACAAGCUAAUAGUUAUUGGAAUAUCUAAGUAUAGAUUUAGGUAAAAAAUAAGUUGGGUGGCUUACGAAAAUCUACUUAUGUAUAAAAUCCCCUUUUUAGCGCCAGUUAAAGUUCAUAAACUUUUUGUCUCGUUUGAUUCGCCCUUAUUAAUCUAAUAAAUUGAUUUCUUUAACCUAAAUAAAUACUGAUUUUAAAGUACGCCAAAAUAACAGAAAAUCAUGAAUAAUUUUAUUAAUUUAAAGAACAGCUAUUGCCCGACCAAUAUAGCUCUUGCCUUUACAAUAAUGUACAUACAUAGUAAUACCUAGUAAAUAAAACAACACUACAGCAAAACUAAACUAGGGACGUCCAAAAGAGAGGCACAAGACAAUUAGAGCGAGAUAAACAUACACUAAACACCGAGUGCGAGCGAGACAGCUAUAUCUUGCAGCUCUUUCACGACGUACCAAGUUACUCUUUGCUCUGUAUGUGUAAAUAGUUAGACAAGUGAAUAGUGUAGUAUAGGUGCUCAAAUAUUAAGUCUACUGGCUUAUAAACUAUUGAGGUUGUCUGUUCAUAUCCUUAAUAUAAAUAUGAAAGAACUGUCUGGUUGUGUGUACCGAUUGUGUGGCUAAACUGCUGGACAAGUUUUAAUGAAACUAAAGAAAUAGCUGUGGCACUUCUAUAAACAAACUCAUUCAAAAAAUCCUGCUUUAAGAUUAAAACACUGGCAAAAAACAAAAAAAGUGCGGAAAAAAGGUCUUAUGUUCGAUAAUAUAAAAAUGAAAAAAAAACUAUAUAUCUCAUACAGAGGUAUGAAUAAGAUGACUUCACUUUUAUAUUAAUUUAACAUUAUCCCAAUCCUUAUUUACAUUUAUUAGCAAUACUUUAACUGGUACUUAUUCUGAGUAAACCUAUAAAAAACCAUUUUACGCAUAAGUAUAGUGAAUAUUAGGAUAUUGUACAUUGAUAGAUAAUGAUAUAGUGACAUAGAUAGAGAAGAAAUUUUACUUCCAUUCGUAAAGGCUUGUUUUGACGAUGCGAGAAAUAUCACGCGAGAUUACAAUUUUAACCUCUGUGUAGACAAAGUGCAAUGGCAAUACAAUUAACAACUAAUAAGAAACUUUAAAUCAAUAGAAUGACAUUCCUUUCGGUUAAAUAACGUGACUACGAUCAAUGCAUUGGAGUGAUGCGUCAGCGUUAGAAUUAAUCAUUUCAUAUGUAAUUUUGUUUUGUUGUAGUAGAUUUAUCCCGAAUUUGGUUUUUUACCAAGUAUCAUAUCUAAAUUGUACCCAUAGGCGGUCUUUACACGAAACUGGCUGAAAUGCAGCAUGCAAUGAAUGAAUACUGUUGCAAAAUGCAACGAUAUUUAUUCAUUUUCAGUAAUGUGUGUAUCUUCCACGAUUCUUCUCGCACCGUCUGAAUCAGCCUUUAAAACUAUGUACUAAACUUGAUUUAUGAGUUGAAUAGGAGAAAUGUUUUAGGACGCCUCUGGUAGCAGUUUACUCUUGGUGUUUUUGACAGUCGUUAUAGGAAGUGACGAUUUUUUAUAUCCGUUCAAAAAUGUCUAUUUUGCUAUGUCUGGAGUAAGGAGAAUUUGGUUCUUAUACACAUCUUUACGCCUUUUAAUUUUAAAAUCUUAAAAAAGGAUUCAAUUUCUAAGCAUUCGCAUUUUGAUGAAAAUUCAUUCAUUUAGUUAAAUCUUCAUAUCUAAAUUAUAUGUAACGAAAUUACCAAAAUUAUUUUCAUGUGAUUUAAAAAUUCCAAAAAUAAUUUGUUUGGUGCUGUUCCUAAUUUAAACAUCCCGUUGUUUUGUGUAAGGUUUUAUCUUACCUAGUCUAUGGUAGAUAUUUUAUGUUAAACUUAUUAUUUAUUUAAAAGAAAACACUAUUGUUUAUGUCUUUGUAAUUUGCAUGAAUGAUUAAAUUAACUGGACAUUUCAAGAAAAAUAGAUUUAAUAAAUUAAAAUGACCUUAUCUCAAAUAAAGAGAAAGUUUGAAACAGCUUGGUAUUUUAUAUUUAAAAGAAGGACUGUGUUUAUUUUGCUUUAUUAAUUUUUUUUCAAAUGUCCUGUUAAUUUAACCCCAUUAAAUAUUAAGAUAUUACGAAUGAAAGACAGUUUUUUUUUUAUCUCGUGUAUAGUAAUGAUGUAAUAUUAAGUAGAUAAAUGAAGUCCAGUAUUAAAAGUAAGGAUUUUUUUUCUAAUAAAAAUAGGAAUGAAUUCAAUGGUUUAGGUUUUCAGUGGUUGCAUUCCUUCUUAGACCGUUUUAAAUUACAGUUUGGUGUAAUGUUUGGAUUUGAAAUUAAUUGUUACUGGUUUUUGGUGAGUGUAAACAGUUUUGUGUGUUUUUAAGGUCUCGUACUAUUUAUCUGUGUGACUUGCACUUGGUUUGGAGAUGAUAACUCUCGAGUCACGGUUUAAUAUUUUCAUGAGAAAAACAAUGCUGAUGUUAAACAACAAUGAGAAAAUCGUUAUAAGACUAUAAGACGUCUAUAGCUCAGAAAAAAACAAUUAUUUUUACUCGAUUCUUACAAUAAACAGACGAACGAUUUAACGAAACGUUUAACGUUCUUUUUUAAAUCAUCGCAGCGCAUUCUAUCGAGAAAUUGCGUAGAUUUCCUUUUGGUGAGGAUACACAGAAUAAUUUGCAUUUCACAAAAACCGAACAAAAUGAUAACUUAAUAAAUUUGAAUAGCCGUGUGGAAAUCUAUCUUAUUAUACUCUGUAGUUGGUGAAUUAGGUAUACGUAGGUAUCAAAUUCUGCUAAACUUAAAAUUAACACUAACAUUGAAAUUAAGUUUUUAUCACGGAAUUAGUUCUAGUUGUCGCAACGGUUUGAUUUAGGAUUGUAUUUAUUAUGUGUGUUUUAAAUAUACUAACAGUUUUGUUCAGUAUAAGGUCCCAUUGCAUUUAAAAUUUUAAGGGACUAUGUGUUAGCGUGAUUCCAUGACUAUUUCUCGUAUGUUAUAAUUUUAUUCCUUAUAUAAAAGACAUUUUUUCAUCUUGUACUUGCUGUCUUUAACCUUACUUGGAGAUUUUCUACUAUUUCUCUUUUGCAAUAUUGUUGGACUUUAAAAUUUAGAAAAGACCGCAUUGUGACUACAAUAAAUGCUUAUUUAGCUUUGUAUACCUGCUCAAUCACUAUUGUAUAAUUAUCUAAAGAGAGGUGCCAAAAUAAUACAUAGUAUCACGUUAAAAUCUGCUUAUAUUGCGAAUUUCAAGCAUUUUUGGGAAUAUCCACUAGUUUCAUAGUGAACCGAAUAUAUAGAUUCUCAUAAAAGUUCGUCACACAAAAAGUUCGAAUAUGCAUUCAUCAUAGUGACUAUGUAUCAAAAGUUAGCAGAAUUUGAUAUCAAAUAAACUAGUGACAUUCAUUUAAAAAUUGUUAUGUAUUUAUUUAUAAUUUCUAAUCUACAUUCUGUAAAAGUGUGCUUUACGCUACAUUCCACAGUUUUCUAGUUAUUGUAACGUUAUGACGGCGAAGACGCAAAAUUGAAUUUUGUAAUUUGUUUUCUUUUCAAAGUAUUGGCUGAAAACAGGGUAGGCUUUUCAGGGCCCGUUUUAAAAUGUAAAGUUCGUUUAUGUUGAAAAAGAUUUCGUUUAUUCAUUUUAACGAUUGCAACAUUGUGGCUUGGUCCAGUUUCAAGUGUUGAAGCUGCGACAAAUGUUGCAAUGUUGCAAUUUAAUUGUAUUUUUUUGUAAUCAAUGACAACAGGAUUGUUUUAAUUUAAUGUAAUAUUGUUUUAUCCUAAAAUGUAUAUAAAGAGAAUGUAUUCGUAUAUCGUAGUUUGUACAGUCAUGUGGAGUGGUACAUUAGUACAAAAUAUUGCUUAUUUUUUUUGUAAGUUUGAGGUUUCAUACUCACAAAGCAAUAAAUGAAUGUUCACGAAAA